AUUUUGUAGACAUGCGCAGUCGGCGCCGCCAGCAGCUUUGUUGGGUUGCUACCUGCUACUGCUAACUAGCAAGUAUUUCCUGCCUGUGACUGGACACAGCUAUGGACAUCGACGCGCUAUUGGAAGCGUUCCAAGAUUUUGAGAAGAAAGGGAAGAAAGAGACCUGUCCUGUUCUAGAGCAAUUCUUGUGUCAUGUGGCCAAGACAGGGCAACCAAUGAUCCCGUGGUCACAGUUCAAAGCGUACUUCAUGUUUAAGUUGGAAAAAGUAGUGGAUGAUUUCCACGCUUCAACACCAGAACAGAGAGGACCACAUAAUCCCAAUGUAGACUAUGUUCCCUUCGAAGAGAUGAAGAUGAGGAUCUUAAAAAUAGUGGAUGGUUACAAUGGAAUCCCAUUUACCAUCCAGCGUUUGUGUGAACUCCUCACGGACCCCAAGCGCAACUAUACAGGAACAGACAAGUUUCUCAUGGGUUUAGAGAAGAACGUAAUGGUGGUCAGCUGUGUGUACCCCACGUCAGAGAAAAAUGGGGCAUCCAGUGUAAACAGAAUGAAUGGAGUGAUGUUUCCUGGUAACUCUUCUCUAUAUUCAGACAGUCGAAAUGUAAAUGGACCAGGCACACCAAAACCGCUCAACAGACCAAAGCUGUCAAGCUGUCAUUCGCUUUCGACCAACGGGCUUCCUGACUGUCCUGUCAGUAAACAGCCAGAGCCAACCACAGAGGAGGUGGAGGAGCACCAUAUCAGUGAUUCCUCGCCAUCGGAAGGUGAAAUUGCACCAAACAGCGGGAUAAAGAACAAACACCCGGAGGAGGAGGAUUCUGAGGCUGACAAGCAUGAGGUCAAGAGGCUCAAGUUUGAUGAAAAGCAAGAGGAUGAAACAGAAAGCGAAGAAAAGGAGUCAUCUUGUUGUAAAGGGUCAGAGAGCUUGGCAGAGACAGCGGCGUCUUCAAAAGACUCUUGUGGUCAAGAGUACGACAGUGCAACAUCUUGUGACAAACCUACUAUUUCAGAGGAUCAUGAAUCCAGCAGCACACAGACGGAGCCUUCUGAAAGGGAAGAAGACUCAUCUGAAAGGGAGGACGUCCACAGUCCGAAGAAUGACAGCACUGCAGAUCAACCCGAGGAGCCUGCUCCAUCAGAGAAGAGUACGAGCUUUGAGCAAGAAAAUGGGGAGAGCAGCAGCAGCAGCAGCAGCAGCAGCGAUGGAGAAGGCCUAUCCAGUGACAAGCAGGUCCCUUCUUCUAGUAAUUCACCUGAGUUAUCAACAGAGGGCAACGCUGACAGUUCAAACAGUACAAAGACUGCAAUAGAGCCUGGAGAACAUGACUAACUUGAAGUCCAGCCUGCCAACUGACUGUUUUUUUUACACUGUAUGAUACCACCCCAAGGGUAUAUCUGUAGCACUGUGGACCUCUAGACUUCAGGACCAGGGGUGAUGUGGACCUCGAGAUUCCUCAUAGAAGGAUCUUAUUGUCCUCUAAAGUUUCAGCUACUCAAGGCCGCUCGAUGCCUGGUCUUUAAACUGGAAGGAAAUGAUUUAAAGAAGAUUAUGGAGACUCUGCUUUUUUCACUGUUGACUAAAAGUUUUUCUAAUCUUUUUUUUUUUUUUUUUUUCCUGAUUUUUAUAUCUGAGCAUUAUAAUUUAACCUUGAUAACUGAUGUAUUCUACAAUGUCAUUAGUCAUUUGGCAUGUAUUUCCAAAAAAGAUACAUUUGACAGUGUGAGUUGUGUUUUGGCCUGUUGUUUUGACUAUCUGAUGAAUGUGUGAGGACACUUCACAGACGUCUGUUUGCUUUUUCUAUGAAGCACAUACCAUAAGAUGAAUUUCUUAUUAACAUUAUAUUGCACUUGUUUGCAUUGACCCCCUUGAAGGAUGUGGAAAAUGUCAGUUUUGCUUUGUCACUGUAUGAAGCCAAUAUAAACACACAAAUUGCCAGUAGAAACCCGUUUGG